ACAGCAACCAUACAGCGGAGGACUUAUCUUCACCACUCCUCACCACUUCAAGGGAAUCCCCACAUUUAAUUGAAUACUAAUUUGAUUAUCUGUUUGUAGAUUGAUCAAUCACUUAAUUGAUUGGUCGGUUAAUUACCUCUGGACCUGCUCUUAAUAACGGAAAUUAGCAACGUUUUCCCUCUCGUUUUACCGAGACCUUACCGGAUCCGUUAACAUGCUGUUCACAGAAGAAGAUAUCUUCAUGUCAGAGUUUGAGGACGCUUGCAGCGCCUGGGUGGACAGUGUCAGCUCAAGCAGUGACGGUACAGACUCUGAUAUCGGAUCUCCCGCACAACAAGGUUGUGUGCUAUCCCCGGGGACCGACGGGUCUGACUCGGAUUUCUUCUCCGACCUGAAUGACUGUUCCUCAGACAGCCUGUCCCCUCUUGCCUACACCGGGAGCUUCUACAUGGAGCCGUUACCGGGGACGGUACCACCCUGCAGCACAGAAGCCCUGCUCAACAUGAUCACGGAGAUAGUUGGGAUCUGCACGGUGGAGGACCAGGCAACCAGCGGGAUUCCCUCUGCCUCCCUCCCCGCCUCUGCCUUACCCUGCUCGGCCAUGAGCGUUGCCUCUCCCCUGCUUUCCUCUCCCUCCGUGGAGUCUGCCCUACCCUCCAGCGGCUACUGCAGCCAGGCUCUGACCGAGAUUCCUUCUCCUUCCGCCGGGGUGGACAUCAUUCAGACUCCCCCCGCUGCCCCUGUGGUGGUCAAGAACGAGUUCAACAGCAACUGCCACGGCUGCGACAACGACCACUUCUCCCACUCCGGUCAGGAUGCCUUCCCCCCGGGCAGCUUGGAGCAGCUGUUCCCGCUGUCUGGUCUGUCUCUGGAUCACCAGGUGGACGUAAAGGAACUGCUGGACUCUCUGCUACUGACUGACGUUAAGACAGAGCGUGACAUCAAACAGGAGCCGUGCCAAAUGGGAGACUGGGCUCAGAAUUACCCUGUACCUGUUAACGGGAGCUAUGUCAACAACAGCUUCCUGGUCAAACCGGAGCCUCUGGAGUUCCAGACUGGGGCCUCAGGGCAGCAGCAGCUGGGCGCUUGCAGUGACCUGGCCGCCUUCACCUCAUCUCUGUCCUCCUCCUCCCUGGAUGCCUUCCUCUCCUCCCUGCUGCCCGGCGUGUUCCCGAGGAGUAGGGGCGUGCACGCCACCACAGGAGGGAGUAAAGCAAUGGCCCGCUCUAGUACCGGGGCCGUGAAGGUGAAACCGUUCCCGUGUCCAAUAACUGGCUGUGAGAGGCGUUUCUCGCGCUCAGACGAGCUCAACCGCCACGUGCGCAUUCACACGGGCCACAAGCCGUUCCAGUGCGCAAUCUGCCUGCGCAGCUUCAGCAGGAGCGACCACCUGACCACGCACACGCGCACGCACACUGGGGAGAAACCUUUCUCGUGCGAGGUGUGCGGGAAGCGGUUCGCGCGCAGCGACGAGAGGAAGAGGCACGGGCGCGUGCACGUGAAGCAGCAGCUGAAAGCUCAGAUGAUGGCGGCCUAUAACCUGGCCUUCCCCGGCGGAGUCUGAACGCAACUCUAAAGCUGGCCUCACGGCGCUGAGUUUAAACCUGCUCUUUAGAAGGCUUCGGUUGUUCUCCUGGCUUUGGUUGGUUCCUGUCAUGCCUGAUAACGUUGGCUGUUGGCCCGGUUCAGUUGGGAGGGUUGACUUCAAAACGGCCAUCGGUUGAAAAGUGGUGGAAAAGUUUCAACGGGAGAAAGAAAAUAAUGUGGUCUUGUCGGUUGGAACAUGGAACUAUUUUAGAACGUCUGAACGUUCUCUUUGACAUGGAACAUGGAACUAUUUUAGAACGUCUGAACGUUCUCUUUGACAUUCUAUCUAGCUGCGUGACUGUAGGCUAUCUGUUGUGUAAAUAGACAGAAAACCUUCUCUACGAGAGGAUGAGUUGGUUUCAGCACCUCUGUGAGUGGACAGCUCCUUGUCUAUCUGUCCGCGCAGACUGAAACAUACAGCCCUUGUUUUGUCACUCGACAGUUCUGAUUGUAAACUGGUACAGUUUUCAGAGGUUUUGUGCAACAUUGCAUGAUAUCGUUUUACAUUGAUGUGUUAAUGUGUAUCUUAUUAUACACAUCUCUAAUGUAGGAGUUGGAAUGUCACUUUUCUCUGUGUUGAAUCACAUUUCUAGCCUUGAUAUUUACUAUAUAGGCCUAUAUUUUAUCAUUCAAUAUAUAUAUUUGA